GGUGAGUGCACUCUGUUCACUCUACUGUUGACAAAACAUACUACAGAAGUAGGAGAGUUCACAUAACCCUUUUGUUUUAUAUAAACACCAAACAAAACGACGCAAAAGACGAAACUAAGGCUGGGACAUAGUUACAUAAAGAAAAACAUCAGCCGAACCAGCCCAUUAAGCAUUAAGAAAAUGAGCAAACCGGUUUAAAUUGCAAUGGAAAUUGUUGAGAAACAAUCGGUGGACGAAUUGUUUCGAUCGCUAAUCGAAGUGAUAAAUAUUCCGUACAAGAACAACACUCACAAUUUUAUCAAAAUCUUCGAGCUCAUUUUGAACAAAACUUCAUCACCGUCCUCGGUCGAGGAUUUUCACAUUCUCGACAAUUUUGGCACGGCAUUAGAACGAUCUGGCAAACUUCUGGAAGCAUUGUGCUGCUUUGAGGAAAUUCUGAAGUUGAACUCCAAUUACCUGAAGUCUUACCAAAAUUUGGACAAUGUUAAAAAUCAACUGGUUGAACGAUGGCACUUCCGUAUGUUAAACGAUGUUCACAGAAAUUCCGUGUACCGAAAUGCAAUCGGUACUGCAAUCGCGAGCGGACGUUCGAAGGUGUUGGACAUUGGAACGGGUACAGGACUACUAUCCCUCUAUUCGGCAUACAACGGCGGAAAUGACAUAAAAGCUUGCGAUGAUGCGAAAAUAAUGAUUGACCUGGCCAGCGAAGUGUUCAAAUUGAAUAAGUUCGACGACAAAAUUUCAUUAAUCAACAAAUAUUCGCAUGAUCUGACGGAAGAUAUGAUCGGUGGUCGAGUGGACUUGGUGGUGACAGAGACAUUGGACAGUGGAGUGUUCGGCGAAGGAAUCCUACAGACGCUGAUCCAUGCGAAAGAGCAUUUAUUACAGCCCGACGGUUUAAUCAUACCGAGUCGGGUCAAAUUGUACAUCGCUGGAUUCGAAUGCAAAACGAUAGCCUCGGAGAAUGUGUGCAUCAAUAGCAGUUUUUCGGACUUAAUUUAUUUGAAGGGACAUCGGCUAGUCGCAUUCAACGACGAACCGUAUGACACGGAAAAUGUGCGACAAUUGAAAGACUUUAAAAUCAUUACCAAAAUCGAAGAAGCUUUCGAAUGCAAUUUCAACGAUCUGGACGACAUGAAAAAGUGUCUGAACGGUAGCACGGAAACGAAGGUGCGCAUCGAAUUCGAGAGAAACGGCCUGUUGGACGGAUUUGUGAUGUGGUUUGCGCUGUGUCUGGACGAAAACAAUAUCGCCGAAUCGAAGCCGUGCAUCAACAGCUGCUGGGAUCAGACCAUUUUCAAGCUGAAUCACCGUUUCGCUAACAUGGAAAAGCUAAAGUAUUUGAACGUGACGGUGUCGUGUCGAGAGGGAAUCUUAAAUCUCAGCCAUUACUACAACUACACCGGCAAAACGUUUCCGGUGAGUCGGGAAAUCAUCAAAUUCAUCAACGACACCGCAUACCUGAACAAAUUGGAAUUCGAUUUUUUCAACGGAAUGAAAGAGACGCAUAUCAAGCGUUUUGACAAUGUGUUGGACUUCUCACCGUUCCCGUACAUUGGGAUCAGUUUGUUGAAGGAAAAACGUGCCAAAAAAUUGUACUGCUCAAGUGAAGCGUUAUCGUUCGUGUCGUUCGUUGCCGCCUGUAAUUGUAUCGAUCGCGAGAACAUUGUAUUCAUCGGCGAUCCCGUUGACGUGCUACUCAUACCGGACAUGUUUGAUCUGAUGAUCCUAUCGCUGGUCGAACCGCUCGGAUGCGUCAACUCGACUCAGAUCGCAAACUAUGACAUUCUGAAGACCAAUAAACUGAAAUCGAACGGAUGCAUUAUACCGAAUAAAGUUGAACUCUGGACUGAACUGAUCCAUUCGCAAUGGUUGAAUGAGGUGGGCAAAAUUGUCAAUCCGGAAAUGACUGAUCUGCACAUCACCGAACUGAUGAACGAAUUUUCGACCACCAAUCAACUGAAUCUGCAGAGUUUCGAGCACGAGAAACUGUCGAAUCCGUUUCAGUUGGCCGACAUUCAGCUGAACGAUCAAUUCUAUACGCGACUGAUCAAAUUGCAAAUCAAACCGACGAACAAGGCGAUCAAUGGCAUUUUGUAUUUUUAUAAAAUUUAUGUUACACAAGACUCGGAGCCGAUAUCGACGCGACGGAGCUAUUCGUACAUAAAGCGGGCGUGCUUCACAUUCGACGAUUUCAAAUGUGUUAAUUCUAAGGCAACGGUGCAGUUUGUACAAAAUAAUGGUGUCAUUAGAUGUUGUUUGCGAUGAGUGACUCGGAUGGGUAUGUGAGGCGCGGUGUUAUAUUAAUAUUCAAUCAACAAAAACUUAAUUCAAUAAAUGAAACUGUAAACUCA